GAGCAUCAUCGUAAUAUCUUUUAAUCUUUUUUGGAUUUUAUAUUUUAUGCAGUUAUGCAGGAAUUGUGCUUAGUAAUCCACAUAAUGCACAGCAAAUUUUUUUGAGGGAAGAGAGAUCGAGCACAAAACAGAAUCCUAUUGUCAAAUUUGAUUGGCCCAAUUUGUUGGAAUAUCAAUUCCUCGUGGUUGCAUCAAUUGAAACGAAAGCCACAUUAGCUACGAUAACAACUCGUGGGCAGAGGAGAUUUCUGAUAUUGCCCCGCCGAAGAUAAAUUUAUACCCGCGGGAUUCGUUAUAGAGCAUCAAGUAGCACAGUCUACAAAAAUGGCAUUCAGCUUCGGGUUCUCUGGCGACGAUAUCGAUAUCGAUGACUCGGAGAUUGAGCAGCCUGUCCAAGGGCAUUCGAUUUCUGCACCGGCUGAGAAUGACCUUCCCACGCCAGUAGAGGCGAAGAGACAUGAAAUGGGAGAAUGGAUCCCAACUCUCCCAUCUCAAAUAUCAUACAACAAGCUUCAGCUCGGUGUAGCCAAAGCUGACAAUGAGCAAAAUGAUUUGACCAUUGCCCGUCGUGAAGUCUUUGACAUCCGUACCCAGCUCAUGGCAGAAGACAGCGAACAGGAUAAUGAGGAGCUGAUCUCCGGGCUUGAGCAUGGUGAUCUUAAGCCGAACUUCUAUGAAGGAGGUUUCAAGACAUGGGAGUGUUCGAUGGAUUUGGCAAAGCGGGUCGUGGGUGACUAUGCUGUUGGUGAUGUCGAUGGCGAUUGUCAUGUUAUCGAGCUCGGUGCCGGAACGGCAGUACCAUGUCUGGCGCUGUUUGCGCAGCUUCUCUCCCAGCCAGAGGAGUCGACACAACAGCGAAGGACUCACUUCACAUUUGCGGAUUAUAACGCUGUUGUCCUCCGUCUGGUCACACUACCCAAUCUUCUCCUUACUUGGAGCCAGCACCGUGAGAAGCAGUCAGCGCCGGCAGACGCCCUAUCAUCAGAACAGCAAGAGCAAGAGCAAGAACAAGAAGAGGAAGAGGAAGAGGAAGAGGAAGAAGAAGAGGAGUUGGAUGUCACUCCGGAACUAAUGGAAGAAUUCCAACAGGACUUGGCUAAACGCGGAAUCACCAUCGACUUCAUCUCCGGUGCUUGGUCGCCUGCUUUUGUUGACUUGGCUUUCUCUCAUUCACCUAGUGUGAACUAUAGGACACUGGUCCUUGCUAGUGAGACGAUUUACUCGCCAUUGUCGCUGGGUGCGUUCACUGAGACCUUGCUCGCACUGUUACGGAGGUCUGGAACGUCUGAGAGUAAGAGCAAGGCUCUCAUUGCGGCUAAGAAGGUUUAUUUCGGAGUUGGGGGUGGGGUGGAUGAGUUCCUUGCGGUUCUGAGGAAUACUAGCGGAGAUGAAAUGGAUGUGAAGGAAUUGGUGGAUGUCAAGUCGGAAGGCGUGGGCAGGGUAGUGCUUGAGGUUACAAAGGCUGGGGGUAUAAAGACAUAGACAGGGUAUGUUUAGUGUCCGUUUCGUCUCGCU